UGUACAAGAUACACGGUCUCCGUUUCAUUGUCCGCUGCGUCUCCCUGACGGCCACCGCGGCGCUCCACCUCCACGCCCGCCUCCGCCAGCUGCCUCGCCGCGGCCUGCUUCCGCCUUGGCGCCGCCCGUUCCGCCAUCGCCCUACGCGCCCAACGCCACAGCAGCCAACCGCUUCUGGCACAACAUCCUCGCCGCACUGCUCUAGUCCCGUGGCCUCCGGGCGGCGCGCAGGCUGUUCGACGUAAUGCCUCACAGGGACACCGUCGCCUGCAAUACAAUCCGAUGAUCUCUGGCUACGCUGGAAGUGGACGCGCUGAUGAGGCGCUUCGGCUUGCGCUAAGGAUGAAGGGGCCAUGUGUCAGGCCUAGCGGCCUCACCUUCCCCAUCGCUUGGUCGGUCGUCUGCUCUGCUUCCCAUGGUUCACGCAGCUGCUGUCCAUUACGGCUCUCCCCAACAGAACUCUGUAGUCGGCAAGACCUUGUUGAUGUGCAGUGCAUGUCGUUUGGAGUGUGAAUGUGCAGGACGUCGUGUCAGUGAAUUCUGCCAUGCCAUGUCAGUGUGCAAGGAUGAUGGUCAGAGCAAUGCAGUGUUUGAGUGUUUCCGGUUGAUUAGAAGCCAUGGUUUUUGGUUGACGGAUGUAGCGUGUCAAUGGUGCUUACCAUGUGCACAGAAUCAAGGAUUUGGCUAAGGGUUACCAGCUCUUGGCCCUUUGCAUCAGAACAUGACUCCUGCCAAAUUCUGCCAUUAAUAGUGCUGUUAUCGGCAUGUUGUCCAUGCCUGACAGAUUACCUGAUGCCGUUAGGCUUUUCGAGGAACUGAAAAAAUGGGACUUAGAAACAUGUAAUGUGAUGAUAUCGUGCUAUGCCAGGAGUGGUUUAGUGGAGCAAGCUCUGGGCUUCUUUGUGAUGGCUCUGCGAAAUGGUGUUCUUCCAACCGAGUUCACCUUUGCAAGUGUGCUGAGAUGGAGCUCAUGUUUUGGUCUGUUGAAGCAGGGUGGCCAAAUCCAUGCACUGGUAUAUCAACGUUCCUUGAAGCAUGCCAGGGAACUCUUCAAUGGUGUUUGUGUCAAAGAUUUGUUGAUCAUCAGUAUAUAUCGCAGAAUGGAAGAGGUAGGGAAGCUCUUGAGUGUUUUGGUGAAUAUUGAAGUGUGGUGUCAAGCGAGAUAGAAUUACUAACCGGAGCUUUAUCUACUUGUAGCUUGGUAGAUCUGGUUAAUGAAUGAAUGGAUAUAAUUUUCCUGUUUAAUCCCAAUUACAUUGUCAUUCCUGGCCUGGAGCACUAUGCAUAUGUGACUGACAUGCUAAGCCAUGCAGGAUUGUUUAGACGGGCAGUAGAUUUAAUCGAGAACAAAAUGACAGAUGAGCCUGUUGUUGAUCCUUUUGCUCAAAGGACGGAAAUACGAAGAUUAGGGUUGAUUAUCAAGAAAAGAACAGACAUGGAAAUAUAAAGAACGCUGCAAAAGUUGGUGCUCUGCCAAGGCAAUCAUUUCCUAUUAUCAUCAUCUGCACAUCAUGCACUACUUUUUUUAUUUACCAUUACAUUAGCAACUCAAGUUUCUUAUAUAACGCUUUCUAAAAAAAACCUGUGCAGUCAGCUACAGCUUGCUGCCACAGCUGUGCCUAUCACAGGGACUAAAGCGGAUCUGCCAAGAAAAAUCUAAAAAACAAGAUCUUGCGAAUCUUCAGUCAUAAAUAAGGUUGUGCACCCCACACGAUUUCUUUUAUCAUGGAGUAGGGCAAAUAAAUGCUUGGGAAACGUAUCAAACUAUACUUUCCGGAAAUUUCUAGAAAGUUUCAAAAGGAGAAAGACAGACUAUAUCUUUAAUUGCUUACCGUAUCAGUAUGUAGAAAUCACGCAUAUUCUACAGCUGUGCCAUCCUGCAGCUCUUGCUAUCAAGGUAUAUAAAUACAGUUUUCUUUGCCCAGCUUUGUGCUAAUCGAAGAGAUAAUUUCUUAGGUGCGCAAGAAAUAUGUAUUGCACGGGUAUGUACAAGCUUGUUUGAUUUUUUCUUACAUCAAUCUAGUUAUGCAGUAUUUUUUGGAUCGGUACAAACUAUUUUAGAUCUUUGUGAUUCAGCACCGCAAUGGCCAUUCUCCAGAGUUCUAGAUCUAAGUAUCAAUAUGGUUUCAGCAGUCGUUGACUUUCUUAUUAGGAGGUCAUAAAUCUAACAAAAAUUCAUCCUUGACGCCAAUAGGUAUAGAAAUCGGUGCUUGUCAUGAUCUGAUAGUUAUGAUUCUUCUCAGGGUAGCAUAUGAUUUGGUUGUAGGAAGAUUGUGACCCCAAGAUCUGUAUACUAUCAUUCUCAAAUCUUACUCUUCGUAUUGAACUAUCGGUCAAAGCGGUCCCACGGGAUCUACUGGAUGAACUGGAAGGUUGGGAUUUUGGCAACAUCGUGUGAAUGAUGCCAUCUCUGAAGGGGAUACAAGUGCGGAUGGUGAUAUCAGAAUAUGCGUCUUAAUAUCGAUGAACAAAAUAUGUCUAUAAAUCAUGAAAUAUAGUGUGAAUGGUUAAUCCGUGGUUCACAUAUUCGUAUUUCUUUCUGCUCUGUAUAUUCAUAUCCGCUGCUGGUAUUUGUAUCUUUUUUUUUUUUGAAUAGCCAUACUCAUCUAUCUUUUUAAAAUGGCUAUGAUGUGAAUAUAGUUUUUCUAUAAUCCAGCCGCGUUUGAUGUGAGAAUUCUUAAUUCAAGAGUUAUAGGGAGGGACUUAUGUCACCACAAACAGAAACUAAAGCAGGUGUUGGAUUUCAAGCUGGUGUUAAAGAUUAUAAAUUGACUUACUACACCCUACUUUUUGACCCAUUUUGCCUUUCUAGGUUGGUGGGCGCUUUCGGAGCAAUAUGGAUAAAAGAAAGUAAGUAUUUAUCCGGGAAGCCUCCGCCAAGAUCCAAUUUAUUUAAACCCGCUCCGCGAGCAAGGAGCGCCGCGAGGAGAGCGAGAGAACGAAGUGGGCUUUGGUGAUGUCGGAAUUUUCCACCAUUGUCGCCAUCUUAUUUUCAUUUUCCUUUCUUCGAAACCAUCUGAUGUGCCAGAAAGACGGUCUUGGAAACCUCAGCUUGCAAUGGGUGAUGUUGCUGGUGGAUCACAUGUGUAUCCUGCCUCAGCCUAUCCGCCUGGAGCAACAGUGGCUACAGCUCCUGGCAUCACUCCUGCUGGUUCACAGCCAACGCCACCAUUCCCAGCAAAUCCAGCUCAGCUUAGUGCUCAGAACCAGCUUAUGUACGAGCAGUCGCAGCAGUAUCAGCAGCAGCUCCAGCAACUGCACCAGAGGCGGCUCCAGCAGUUCUGGGCCCAACAACGGUCAGAGAUCGAGCAGGCCACUGACAUCAAGAAGCACCCCGUGCAACUCAAAAGGAUAAGGAAAAUCAUGAAGGCCGAUGAGGGCGUUCACAUGAUCUCGGCAGAAGCUCCGGUGGUGUUUUCGAAAGCAUGCGAGAUGUUGACACUGGAGAUGACGAUGAGGGCAUGGAUGGUCACCAAGGAGAACAAGCGCCAGACCUUGAAGAAGAGCGACGUUGCCGCUGCUGUUGCUAGGACCGACGUCUACGACUUCCUGGCGGACAUAAUCCCCUUGGACGAGAUGAAGGAGGAGGGGGUCGGGCUUCACAGAGCCGGGCCGCCGCCGCCACCCUUGGGGGCUCCGGCUGGCGCAUACCCGUAUUAUUACCCGCCGCAGCUGCAGGUGCCAGGUGCAGCAAUGGUGCACGGUGGCCAGCAGGUGCCGCAGGGCCAUCUGCCGCAUGUGUGGAUAGAUCUUCAGGAACAGCAAGAGAAGGAGGAUCAGCAAUCUGAAAGUGGCUGACAACAUGUGAGCCAUCACUAAAAUUCAGUAUCCUCAUUUUAGCCAGGACAUCCAAAGUUCCAAACUAAUUUUCAGGUUUCGUUCGUAAUAAGUAGAUUAUAUGAUUGUUUGUUUGGUCUGUCGGUAUGGUGGGAGAGAUUUACUAGUUUCCCUCAUGGAGGUUUUGUUGUUGUCGUGGUUUGUUCUUGUCGCGGUGUCUUUAGCGAAUUUGAUUAUGCUUCGAGACGAGUCGGUUAAAAUUUACCGUAGCGUGUCCAUUUCCGUAA